AUGCUGCAGCCGUCAAGAUUUCUCGCAUCUCGCUACUUUGUCCUAAAUUUUGCCAGAAACUGUCCAUGUCGUCAUUCUGUCAAUCCUGCACUCCAAUAUGUUCAACCCUCAAUCCCACACUCACCAGUAGUCGUCGCGGUGAAACGCUGCUAUUUUCACAACGAAAUGUCCAAAACUUUGACUCUGAAAGACGUUGGGUAUCAUUUCAACGAUAAAGGCGAAGUUCGGUCCUUAAACGAUGAAUCUCCUUUUGUUUUUACGAACCAAGCUGAUUACGACCGAAUUGGCAAAGCUAUGACAAAUGAGGUGUACGGACUGCUUGAGUCUCGUUGCGGUCUCAAGAAAACUGAGAUCCCCAUGAAAGUAGAAGACUCUGACGGGAAGGCUGUGGAUCACUGCAGCUUUGUUUUUGUGUCCCCAGAUUUUUUGCAAAAGUCUACGAUUGUACUUAUCAUCCAUGGCAUGGGAGCUGUGCGUCCAGGUCAGUGGUCUAGGAGACUAAUUUUGAACGAAAGUUUGGAUGUUGGAUCUCAAAUUCCAUAUAUUCAACGUGCUCUCAAGAAUGAUUGGGGAGUGAUUGUCUGUAAUACAAACACCGAGCAGAAUUUCAGAGAAUAUGCUCGUCGACAUAUAUGUGCAGUUUACGAUCAGCUGCUAAAAGAUUCCAGUGGUCAACGCAUUUUUGUCAUUGCUCAUAGUCGUGGAGGUCCUGACUUUGUUAGCUCACUCCCCUAUUUUCAAAAUGAGAAUCGUUUUGAAGUCGUCUGCCUGACCGAUUCUGUUGAUUUUGAGAUUCCUCGGUGCUCUUCGACAGAGUACUCCAGUGGCGGCACUGUCUUCAUAAACUGGAAAGCUGAUAGUAAACUGCAAGGUACUGCUAUCUCAGAUGAAGAUAUUCUCGAUAUAUACUCACGAGUUCAUCAACUUUAUGCUGGAACAACUGAACAUGAGAGGUCUUCACAUGCUGCUUUCGAAAGUGUGUUCCAUUUGCUAGAACACUGGAAAAACUCGGAAAGUUUGGCAAAGCUGCUUGUGGAAGCAGCUGGACUCACUUCGGCUGGAGUCACAGAACAGAAGGAAAAGACGUAAACAUCACUUUCGAGUAUUGGCUGUUAUUUGUUAUAUCCAUCUUCACAUGGUCCUCGUCAUUGUGCGCAUGCUCUGUUAUUUAUCUUCCACAUGCUUUCACCUCCGAUCUUACGUUCUCAAGCCACAAAUAAAUCUUCUAGGGC